AAUAUUCAAAUAAAAACUUUGGCAGAUGAUGUGCGUGACAGAAUUACGAGCUUCAGGAAAUCGGCAGUGAAGAAGGAGAAGCCUUUCAUUCAGCAUCCUAUCGACUCUCAGCCUUCCAUAAGUGAAGUGCCACAUGCCCAGGCGCUUGUUGACGAGCGCUGCAUGAACCUGUCAGAAAAAGAAGUUAUGGAUCUCUUUGAAAAAAUGAUGGAGGACAUGAACCUAAAUGAGGAUCGGAAAGCUCCUUUGAGAGAUAAAGACUUGACCACAAAACGUGAGAUGGUUGUCCAGUACAUUUCUGCAACUGCCAAAUCUGGUGGACUGAAAAACAGCAAACAUGAAUCCACACUGUCCUCACAAGAAUAUAUUCAUGAACUGAGAUCUGGAAUUUCAGAUGAAAAACUUUUUAAUUGCCUGGAGUCCUUGAGAGUGUCUCUAACCAGCAAUCCAGUCAGCUGGGUUAACAACUUUGGACAUGAAGGUCUUGGACUUCUGUUGGAUGCAUUGGAAAAGCUUCUGGACAAGAGACAGCAAGAAAGUAUUGAUAAGAGGAAUCAACAUAAACUUAUCCAGUGCCUCAAAGCAUUUAUGAACAAUAAAUACGGUUUGCAAAGGAUUCUGGGAGAUGAAAGAAGUUUGUUGCUGUUGUCAAGAGCAAUUGAUCCAAGGCAACCACACAUGAUGACUGAAACGGUGAAAAUACUUUCUGCCCUCUGCAUUGUUGGAGAGGAGAACAUUCUGGACAGGCUUUUAGGUGCUAUAACAACUGCUGCUGAAAGGCACAACAGGGAGGAACGUUUUUCUCAGAUUGUUGAAGGCCUGGAGAACCAUGAAUUCUUACAGCUGCAGGUAGCCUGUAUGCAGCUCAUCAAUGCCCUUGUGACGUCUCCAGAAGAUCUUGAUUUCAGGAUACACCUGAGAAAUGAGUUUUUACGUUGUGGCCUGAAAAAAAUACUGCCUGCCUUGAAAGAGAAGGAAAAUGAUGAGCUUGAUAUUCAGCUGAGAGUGUUUGAUGAGAACAAAGAUGAAGAUCACUUUGAGCUGUCGCAUCGUCUCAGUGAUAUCAAAGCUGAAAUGGAUGAUGUGACCGAAGUAUUUCAUCUGCUGUAUAAUAUGGUGAAAGAUACGUCUUCUGAAAAUUACUUCUUGUCAAUUCUGCAACAUUUCCUUCUCAUCAGGAAUGAUUACUAUGUCCGACCUCAGUAUUACAAGAUCAUAGAAGAAUGUGUGUCACAAAUAGUAUUGCACUGCAGUGGUACAGACCCAGAUUUUAAAUACAGAGGAAGAAUGGACGUGAAUUUUACUCACCUUGUUGAUUCAUGUGUGGACAAAGCUAAAGUAGAAGAGAGUGAAAAGAAAGCAGCAGAAUUUUCCAGAAAGUUUGAUGAAGAGUUCACAGCUCGGCAAGAGGCACAAGCAGAGCUGCAGAAACGGGAAGAGAAAAUCAAAGAACUUGAAACAGAAAUCAAACAGCUCCGAACACAGGUAGUUGUUUAUGCUUUAGCAUUGCUGUUUCUCGCCUUCACUACCUGGUGCCCACCCCCAGCGCCUUCACUCCCUGGUGGAGGAGGAAUUCCUCCCCCUCCUCCGCUACCUGGUGGAGGAGGAAUUCCUCCACCACCUCCACUACCUGGUGGAGGAGGAAUUCCUCCACCUCCUCCUCCUCUACCUGGUGGAGCAAUACCUCCGCCACCUCCUCUACCUGGUGGAGCAAUACCUCCACCACCUCCUCUACUUGGUGGAGUAAUACCUCCUCCUCCUCCUCCUCUGCCUGGUGGAGCAAUACCUCCUCCACCUCCUCUACCUGGAGGAGUGAUGCCACCUCCACCUCCUCCUCUACCUGGAGGAGCGAUCCCCCCUCCACCCCCUCCUCUACCUGGCGGAGCAGCUCCUCCUCCACCGCCGCCUUUUGGUGGGCCUCCAAUGCCACCACCUCUCGGAGGUGUUCCUUUUGCUCCCUUUCCUGUGAUACCAGCAUUACCACAUGGAAUGAAGGAGAAGAAAAAGUAUAAGCUGGAAGUUGCAAUGAAGAGAAUCAACUGGUCAAAGAUUGAGCCUCAAGAGAUAGGAGAAAACAGCUUUUGGGUAAAGGCUGAAGAAGAUAAAUUUGAAGACCCAGAGCUGUUUGCAAAAUUGGCACUUACCUUUGGAACCCAAAUGAAAGCCAAAAAGCCAGUAGAAGAAUCAGACGAAAAGAAAGCAUCUCAGCCAAAGAAAAAGAUCAAAGAAUUAAGAGUUUUGGAUGGAAAAUCCGCACAAAACUUAUCAAUAUUUUUGGGUUCUUUCCGUUUGCCUUAUAAAGAAAUAAAAAAUAUCAUUUUAGAGGUUGAUGAAGAGAAGUUGAGUGAAUCCUUGAUUCAGAACCUGGUGAAGAAUCUUCCUGAGCAGAAGGAACUCAAUGCCUUAGCUGAAUUAAAAGAUGAAUAUGAUGAUCUUGCUGAGCCAGAGCAAUUUGGAGUUGUGAUGAGUUCAGUGAAAAUGCUGCGGUCACGUCUCAAUGGUAUCCUCUUCCGCCUCAUGUUUGAGGAGCACGUGAGCAACAUCAAGCCUGACAUCAUAGCAGUGACUCUGGCCUGUGAAGAGCUCAAGAAGAGUGAAAGCUUUAGUAAGCUGUUAGAGCUGGUGCUGUUGCUCGGGAACUACAUGAACUCUGGCUCCAGAAACGCACAGUCUCUUGGCUUCAAGAUCAGCUUUCUUUGCAAGAUUCGAGAUACUAAAUCAUCGGAUCAGAAAACAACCCUAUUGCAUUUCCUGGCAGAAAUCUGUGAGGAGAAUUACCGAGACAUCUUGAAAUUUCCAGAUGAGUUGCAGCACGUUGAGAGUGCAAGUAAAGUUUCAGCUCAGACUCUGAAGAGCAACCUUGACUCCAUGAACCAGCAGAUCCAGCGCCUUGAAAAUGACAUUGAGAAUUUCCCUAAAACACAAGAUGAGAACGAUAAGUUCGUAGAAAAAAUGAGCAGCUUUGCUGAGAGUGCCCGAGAACAAUACGAUAAACUGUGCAACAUGCACAACAAUAUGACUAAAUUGUAUGAAAAUUUGGGAGAAUACUUUACCUUUGAUCCCAAAGCAAUAAGUAUAGAAGAAUUCUUUGGUGACCUGAGCAGCUUCAGAAGUCUAUUUCUGGAUGCAGUAAAAGAAAACCACAAAAGAAGAGAACUGGAGGAGAAAACAAAGAGAGCCAAACUGGCUAAAGAGAAGGCUGAACGAGAGAGACUGGAGCGACAGAAGAAGAAGCAGCAGUUGAUUGACAUGAACAAAGAGGGUGACGAGACAGGAGUGAUGGAUAGUCUGCUUGAGGCCUUACAGUCAGGAGCAGCAUUCAGAGAUCGCAGGAAACGAGCACCAAGACCACAAG